AUGUCUGCUAUUGUCUCUAAGGUCACUGGUUUCGUCAACUGUGCUAUCCAAAAGUCUACCCAACUCACUAAUUGUGCUGUUUACUGGGGUAAAGUCGGUGGUGAAUUAGCCAAGGCUGUUUACAAAAAGGAAGGUUUAGCUCCACCAUCAGUCCAAGAAUUCCAAAACUUCUACGCUAACAUCUUCAAGACCAUCAAGAGCUCAUCUCAAAGAGAAGCUAUUGCCAAUAAGGUUUUCAACUUCCAACCAGGUCCACAAUGUGCCGUCAAGGCCGGUGUUUACGGUAUUCAAUUAUUAGCUUUCUUCUCCGUCGGUGAAAUCAUUGGUAGAAGACAAUUAGUUGGUUACCCACACUUUGGUGAAGAAGAACACCACCAUUAA